AUGCUGACUCGAUCCCCGCCGAUCUCCCCCCGCUUCCGCUCCCCUCUCGGCGACUCCCCGUUAGCCUCCCCUUUCGCCGCAUCUCCCGCCGCUACUCCCGCCGCCAACUCCGCCGCGUCUUCCGCCGGCUCCGCGCGUCACGGCGGGCCGAAACUGGUUCUGGUCGGCGUGACUCUGCACCAAUCAGGAGGCUCCUUUUGGGGGGUGCGCGGAGGAAGCGGAAAAGACGCCGGGGGAGGCGGAGCGGGGAGCGCGGGUGUGACUGUAUCGAAGGAUGGACUGGCGCUUGUGGAUUUCGCUUUAUCGAGGCUGGUUGUACCGGGGGAUAGAGUGGUGGCGCUGGUGAUACAAACGGGGGGGGAGAAGGGGGAGAGGGAGCGGGGGGAGCAGGGGGAUAUAGAGGCGCGGAGGGUGGUGCUGUCAGCGCUGCAGCCACUGGCGGAAGUAGCUUCCGCCAAGCAGGUGAGGGGGAGUUGCGAGAGACAGGGGGCGAAGGGAAAGGGGAGUCCUGGAGGAGGUGAAAGAGGUGGGGGGAGGGUGGGGGAAAAAGCGGGUGAUAGUAGGGGGGAUCAGCAGGCGAUGAGGGGGAAGAGUGGGGGCAGCAGUUCUGCAAGCACUGGCGGAAAUAACUCCGCCAAACAGGGGAGGUUCGAGUGGACGUGUGUGUGUGCUGGGCGGCAGACGUGCCCCAGGGCCUGCUGCAGACGUGCCCCAGGGCCUGCUGCAGGGGGCAACGCUGGGUGCAGGGAUAGUGGUGCAGUAAGGGAGGGUUCACUCAUUCCUUCCCUCUGCUCUCACUCCUUCUCCCAACAACAGGUUCGAGUGAACGUAUGUGUGUGCUGGGCAGCGGACGUGCCCCAGGGUUUGCUGCAGCGCGCAUUGACGCUGGGAGCAGCGGUCGUGAUUCUCUGGGGGGCAACCGCUCACGCCUUCCUUCCCACCCCUUCCCCCUGCCCUCCCUCUCUUUCCCAUCUACAGGUCAGGGUGGAGGUGUGCGUGUGCUGGGCGGCCGACGUGCCCCAGGGGCUGUUGACGCUGGGAGCAGGGAUCGUGGUUCUGGGUGCGGCCAAGAAAGGCAGUCUGGGCUUUAAGAGUGAAACUUGGGCUUUAAGAGGUGCGUUCUUGGGCACUGGUGGGAGUUGGAGUUAUGUUAGCAGCUAUCCCCCUUAUUUCCCUCUUUCUGCCCCUUCCCACCCUGCUCCCGUGCCCUCCCCUUCUUCCCCUCCCUUCUUUCGUUCCUCCCCUUUUCUCCCCCCUUCCCACGCACCCCCCUCCUGCCCCCUACCGUUCUUCCCCACCCUCCCUUUUCACCCCCCUGCCCCCCCCAGUUCCUCCAUCUCUUCCUCCAUCUCCUCAGCUGCUCGGGACACACUACCCAAGAAACCGUCACUCAUCUCGCCCGUCGUCUCCCCACCACCACCAAAGUCAUGCUCGUCUCACACGGCAUCUGCUCCCUCCCUCCCGCUUCCAACUUGCUUACCUCUUAUCCCCGCCCUUUUUCCCCUCUUUUUCCCUGUUUUUCCCUCUUUCCUCCCUCUCCUCCCCCCUUCCCACCCUGCCCACCCCCCCUUCCCGUCCUGCCUCCCCCCUCUAACUCCUUUCCCCAGUUCCUCCAUCUCCUCAGCUACUCAAGAAACCGUCACUCUGCUCGCCCGUCGUCUCCCCACCACCACUAAGGUCAUGCUCGUCUCACACGGCGCCUGCUCCCUCUCCAAAUCCGGAGAGCUCUCCACCGCUCCCAACCCCUCUCCCUCCCCUCUCUACCCUUCUGCAUCGCCCGUCUCCCCCCUCUCCACCCUAAACACGCCUUCGGCUGUCUCUGCUGCUUCUAGUGCGUCAUAUACCCCCUCCCCCGGUUCUCCCUCCCCUCUUAGAGGAGACCCUAGGGAGUGCCAGGCGGGUGGUUUUGGGUCUGAGUUUGGGGUGGGGAGCGGGGAGAGAGGGGGGAGUGGGGAGGGAGAGCGGAGGGGAGGUGGAGAGAUGAUGGAGAUAGAUGGGGAGGGGAUGGGUGGCGCGGAGGGGAGAAGGGGAGGGGGAGCGGCAGCACCAGCAGCAGCAGCAGCAACACCAGGAGCACAAAUACCACACGCAGCAGCAGCAGCAGCAGCAGCAGCUGCAGCAGCAACACCCAUAGCGUCUGCCCCUCCGCCCAUCCCGGCAGCAGUAGCGGAUGGGGGAUGGAAACAGGACCCCACCGUCCUCCUCUCUCCCAACCCUCUCAAUCCCUCCUCCGACCUCCUUCCCCCUCCCCCUCCUUCGGAAAUCCUUCGGGAGGUGUAUGGGAGAGAGGAGUAUGGGGAGCAAGAGUUUACACUUGAACAGAUUCUUAAAACCACAGAUAAUUUCAACCCGAAGAAUGUUCUGGGGGAGGGCGGAUCCGGACAGGUGUUUCUGGGAACGAUUACAAUGGCGGUCCCAGAUUUUGGGGGAGGGGUGGGAGGGGGGGGAGGGGAAGGUGGGAGCGGGAGAAUGAAGGAAAUUCUUGCGGGCAGCAAGCAAAAAGUUGCGGUGAAGCGGCUGCGGUGGUGGGGGCCUGCCCUGGCCGAAAAAAAGUCCACCCACCACCACCCACCUGUCUGCCUAUCAUCCACGGUGAUGCGAAGUCGGUUGCUGGAUGCAUCCUUGGAACCUGUGGUAUCGGACUUUGGGUUGAGACGUCUCAAAAAUACACUUUCCCUAUUUCCCCUCUACCCCCCCCCCCCAACUUCUUUCUCCGCCGUCACCAGCUACGUGGCACCGGAGUAUGUGCGGACAGGCAAGAUCACACAAGCAGUUGACGUGUUUGCAUUCGGAGUGGUGUUGCUAGAGCUCAUCACAGGGCACAUCCCCUUCCAUCCUUCUAGGACACCGGCCUACCUAUUCGCCUGGGCGAUCCCAGUGGCCAAGGCAGGGGAGUUUCACCAGCCACUGGACUUCCGAGUGGCCAAGUCAGGGGAGUUCCAUCGCCGGGUGGAUUACUGUCUGGAGGGGCGGUACGACGCGAGCAAUCCCAGUGGCCAAAUCAGGGGAAUUCCAUCGCCUAGUGAAUUACUGUCUGGAGGGGCGGUACGACGCGAGUCAGUUGCAGGCAGUGCUUACACCGACCCCAUCAUCUUCUCUUCCCCACCCCCCCUUCCCCCCACCACCCCACAGGCAAUCCCGGUGGCCAAGUCAGGGGAAUUCCAUCGCCUGGUGGACUACCGGCUAGAGGGGCGGUACGACCCGAGUCAGCUGCAGGCAGUGGCGAUGCUGGCUGUGAUCUGCCUCGCCAGCAACCCCAAGGAUCGACCUGUUAUGGCUGACUGUCAGCUGCAGGCAGUGGCGAUGCUGACUGUGAUCUGCCUCGCCAGCAACCCCAAGGACAGACCAGCUGUGGCUGAUGUGAGUGCGUCGACUUGGGUUGACUUGGUCGCAGGGGCUGUGGAGAGCGGCUUAACGGUCAGCUGCAGGCAGUGGUAA